UGCUUUGGUAAUCGCUGGCGGCACGGCGCUCUCUUUCACCUCCCCACAUAAAUCCCGUGGUAAUUCGCUUGCCGGCUGCUUCCCCAACCAUGGAGGCAUCCUCCCUUCUCCGUCCCUUCCUCACCCCUUCUUCCAUUCUUCCUCGCUUAAAUCCUAACCCGUCUCUCCGCCCAACCUUGAACCCGAAGAAGAAGAGAUCGCGAUGGCGUUCCCAAUUAAAAACACCAAACUCUACCCUUAUCCAUCGGCAUCUCUCCUCCUCGAUCUGUAACCCUAAACGCCUCAAUUUCCUCUGCCUUUCCGUCCCCGAGGAGCUCACCACCAAUAACGCCCCCGAGUCCGAACCCGAGCCCUUGUUCUCGCGGUGGACCCCGCCGCGGCCCCUCUGGCGCGGCCUCUCCGCCUUGGUGAUCGCCGGCCAGGUGGUCCGCCGCGCCCUCGCCGGCCGCGUCCACCGCCGCAACACCCUCCAGCAGCUCGAGCGCGUCGGCCCGCGCUCCGCCGGUGUCUGCCUCCUCACCGCCGCCUUCGUCGGCAUGGCAUUCACCAUUCAGUUUGUCCGCGAGUUCACCCGCCUUGGCCUCCACCGCUCCGUCGGCGGCGUUCUCGCCCUCGCCCUCUCACGCGAGCUCAGCCCCGUCGUCACCGCCGUCGUCAUCGCUGGCCGCGUCGGCUCCGCCUUCGCCGCCGAGCUCGGCACCAUGCAAGUCUCCGAGCAGACCGACACCCUCCGUGUCCUCGGUGCCCACCCCGUCGACUACCUCGUCACCCCCCGCGUCAUCGCCUGCUGCCUCGCCCUCCCCGUCCUCACCCUCAUGUGCUUCACCGUUGGCCUCGCCUCCAGCGCUCUCCUCGCCGAUGCCAUCUUCGGCGUCAGCAUCAACAUCAUCCUCGAUUCUGCCCGGAAGGCGCUUCGGCCGUGGGAUUUAAUCAGCGCCAUGGUCAAGUCACAGGUGUUCGGGGGACUCAUCGCGAUUGUGAGCUGUGCUUGGGGCGUCACGACCCUCGGUGGGGCCAAGGGGGUGGGGGAGUCCACGACCUCCGCAGUGGUGAUCUCGCUCGUGGGCAUAUUUAUGGCUGAUUUCGCCCUCUCCUAUUGCUUCUUUCAGGGUGCUGGGGACUCGCUCAAGUCUGCCAUGGGGUAGUCUUGAAAGUCACCGUCUUUUGUUGACAUCAUCUCGUGGCUUCCGUGCUGGCGAACGUUCGGAGCAGCAAGCUGGCUGAUACUUUGCAAAAUUACAAGCAAAACUUGUUCCAUGUUGGAUGCUGACAAUCCAAUCUACAGCAUUUAGAACUACAACUAUCAUAUGAUCGCCAUUAGAUUGGUGGUGUGCUGCAGAUCCAUCUUAUCAUGAGGUACUGCAAAAGUUGCUAAAGAAUUUGAAGGCAGGCAAUCCUGUAUGAGUUUGCUUACAUGUGGACCCUACAAGGAAUACAACUAACACUCUAUGACAUAAAUUGAUGAUUGCCAUAAUUGUCAGUUGUGGUGCAAAGAAGUUGAGCUGAGCCAAGCAGUAAGUGCUUAGGUUUGCCUCGUUGUAUGUAAUAUAUAGCAGGUUUGAUCAAGCUCAAGUUGAGCUUGAACUGAUCUUAACAAAAGCUGUUCAAGCUCGGCUAUGAACUCUGAGCUGAGCAUUUCAGCUA